ACGACGGAGGGGAAAUAUAUGAAAAACCUAUCGACCAACCUAGGAGUAAAAUUCUACGCGAGAUAUGUCGAUGAUGUAAUAUGUCUAAUAGAGGGAAACAAAGAGAAACAGAUACUAGACUAUCUCAACAAACAACACCAGAAUAUAAAAUUCACCAUGGAAACGGAAGAGGAAAGAAAGAUUAACUAUCUGGAUUUAACAAUUAAAAUAAACGAUACCACGAACAAGAUAGAGUUCGAAAUAUACAGAAAACCAACAGCCACAGACACAAUUAUACACAAUAGCUCAAACCACCCACAGCAACACAAAAAUGCAGCAUUUAAACAACUAAUAACGAGGCUUGAAAGGACCCCUCUAACAGAAGAAUGCUACAAGAAGGAACUGGAUACAAUAUAUGCCAUUGCGGAAAAUAACGGAUAUAGGAGAGGCCUGGUGGAGAAGUUAAGAAAGGACACAAAAUCGAAAAAGACUAGCAAAGAGGAAAACAAUAAAAAACCUUGGGCAGUUCUAACUUACACAGGAAAGACAUCUUACAAACUUGCCAAAUUCUUUCAUAAGUACGACAUUCAGACAUCAUUUAAAACAAGGAACACAGUGGGAAAUAUAUUGAAAGAGAAAAUAAGCGAGGAAGACCCGCUAGAUAAACAGGGUGUUUACAAGUUAACCUGUGAGUGCCGACACAGUUACAUAGGACAAACAGGGCGAAAUAUAAGAACAAGGUAUCGAGAACACAUAAGGGAUUAUAAUAAGAAAAAACAAAAACCAGAGGCUGCAAUAGAAUCGAUUUUCGCGAAUCACAUGAUCAAAAAUAAAUGCACACCAAUGGAGAUUGGACAAACCACGGAAAUUCUCCGUGCCAUACCUAAAUGGAAGCUGAUUGUAUCCAUUCCACUAUCGAACGAGCACUUAAGAAAAGAGAUAUCCAUGUUCCUGCAGAAUACAUUGAAAAUUCGUCCCGGUCGCGGCACAGGUGCUGCUAAAUUAACUGAUAAACGUGCCCUACGGUAUACACCAAGUGGCGGCAAACAUUUCAAACUAAGAUUCUCCAACGAAUGGGAAGUAAUACCGCAAAGAAAAUCCCCAGUAGCUGUUUCCUUGCCGCUUUCUCACCUUCCGAAUUUAUACGAGAGUAGGCGUACGAUUGCUCGCAGAAAGUAUGAGAUCUCCAGUAUUUCAAACGAUUACUUCCUGAAGAUUACCACGCCUACUAUGGCAAUUUACCCCAUGAUUGAAUAA